AUGGCAGAGCUGGGUGAAGCAGAGGAGAUUUUGAUUUACUAUUCCAAUGGGGGCGAGUUGGACCCUCCUAGGCCUUACAAGCCGACGAAGCUGCUCUAUCAGCAUGCUGGCGAUGGCAUUUUCGUGGUCACCUUGAAUGAUCCCAAACGUCUCAACUGCAUGAGCUUGAAUCUGGUUCAAGAAGUGACCCUGCUGAUCGAGCACAUGAAGCGCGACGAUCGCUGCAAGAUCAUCGUGUGGACGGGUUCCGGACGAGCCUUCAGCGCUGGGGGCAACUUCACGGACACCAACAGCACGGUGCCUGAAGAGGACUUUGAUGGAUACAUCCAGGCGGGGCUGGCCGUGUCGCCUCCAGAUAUUUCUCUCGCCGGUCCCACGCGCGAGAUGAUCAAGUUUCCGAAGAUCUCCAUAUCGGCCAUCAACGGCGUCACCAUCGGUGGGGGCGUCAACUUGGGGCUCCUGUGGCAGGACUUGGUCUUUGCUGGGGAGGACGUGACCUUCCGGUAUCCCUUCGGGGAGCUCGGACUGACGCCGGAGUUGGGCUCAUCAGUGCUGCUGCCUCGCAUGGUGGGAUUGGUCAGAGCCAAGCAACUCAUGCAGUAUGGAAGCGAGUUCACGGCGAAGCAAGCGCUGGAGUGGGGCUUGUGUACAGAGGUGGUCCCUACCAAUGAGGUCUUGCCCAAGGCGCUCGAGGCUGCACGAAAGCUGGUGAAGAUGCCGCAGUUUGCGCUUCGAGAAUCCAAGCGGAUCAUCAUGAAGGAUGUGGUGGCGGCCAUUGACGGCAUCACUGAGGAGGAGCUGACGACCUUGAGAAAGGUCAUAGGGAGCCCUGAGACGCAGAAGGCCAUGAUGGCCCUGAUGAUGAAGACCAGCAGCACGGAUGCAGAGCCGAUUGGCUGGAAACAGAGUGAAAGCGUUCUGGGUCGCUUUGGCAAGGCUGAGGCCGAGCGCCGCAAGUGGCAGGAGAAGUGGACGCAGCAAUGUGCGGAGCUCGAGGAUGCGCGGGCGGCCACCCUCGAAAGGACACCAUUGGAUGCGUUCCGGGUGGCCGCCUUUUCCGCGCCCGAGCGCAAGAAGCGUCUGCAGCACUUGCAGAAGGCGCCUGCAGCACUCCCUUCCUCGGACGGUGCGUUUCCGGGUGACUUGGAGGAGGCGCCCGGCAACCCCAAAACGCGAACAGACGGACUCGCCGACGGUGCGGUUCUGACGGACUCGCCGACGGUCGUCAUGAAGAAACCCCGAGCCCCAUGCAGUUCAGCUCCUUUGAAAAGGGAAUUGCAUGAGUUCGCGCAGAAAGUGUGUUCUGCGGCGUUUGUGACCACGGUGUCUUUUACCGCCAUGGACUCGUGGACGAAAGAUGACUCGAGUCAUCGGGGCGCCAUCUCCCGGAAGAUCAGUCCGCAGGCUUUGCUCCUGCAGAAUGGUGCUGAGGGCGGCGCAGCUGAGGGUGGCUACCAGGGUUCCUUCCUCUACUCCACAGGAGACCUGUUCUGUGGCAGCUUAGACGUCUAUGGAAAGCCCAGAGGGCGAGGAAUCCUCUACUACACUUCGUCCGGCGAGUGUGAUGUGGCCACCUUCGAUGGAAAACUGAAUCAAUACGGCGAAGGUGUGCGAUACUCCAAAGACAGAGACGUCGCCUACAGGAUCUUCAACGGUGAAGCGGAGGGCGGCUCCGUGGAUUUGGACGAAGCCCUGGAGAUCACCGGCCUGGCGGAGACUCCAGCAGUUCAUUCCUAUGACUCCAUUACACCCUGCACAGGGUUUGACCCUGCUCGUUACAAGCAGACAAAGGCCUGGUUUGCUUACCGCAAGCUGGCGGGCUUACCCGUGGACGAGCAGCCCAACGGUCCGAGUCCGUAUCAACCUGUGUGGCGCUGA